AUGAGAGUUGCUUCAUUACCAUUUUAUUUCUCUGCCCGCAGCUGGUACCAUAUAGUGAAUAGUGUUCCGACUCGGACUUCAAGCUCACGUGCAAGGAGACUUAGAAUAGCUGGAGAUGAGAUUAUGCGCAUUUGCAAAAUGCCUUGGGAAUUGGUGAUGUGGUUGACGUGGCUCUCCGAUUCUUUACUUUACGAGUUAGGUACAGUGUACUUGCAACUCUGUGAUGAGCUGUACCAGGUCGAAAACCGAAACUAUGAGGAGCUUGUUGAUCCUUCAAUCUUCAUUCCUCGAUUCACAAACAGCUUAUUGAAAGGUACACACGAUAAAGCACAAAAUGUCAUGGUAACGGCUAGAGACAUUAUAGCUAGUAUGAAGAGAGAUUGGAUGCAGACUGGCCGGAAACCAAGUGGAAUCUGUGGAGCAGCAAUUUACAUAGCUGCCAUUUCUCAUGGUAUCAUGUGCUCUAGGACAGAUAUUGGAAAAAUUGUGCAUAUGUGUGAAGCAACAAUAACCAAAAGAUUGAUUGAGUUUGCUAAUACCGAUGCUGCAAAAUUAAAUGUUGAUGAGCUCACUGAAAGAGAAAGGAUAUUGCAUAAAGAAACUUUACUUACCCCAAGACAAGAUUCUGACAAAAGAGAAGUGAUCUGUGAACAUAAGGGUUUAGAACAUUUUGGUUAUGGAUUAUGUAAGAACUGUUACAAAGAUUUCAUUAAAAUUUCUGGUGGAGUUGUUGGUGGGUCGGAUCCUCCUGCUUUCCAGCGAGCAGAGAAAGAGAGAAUUGAAAAAGCAGCUAGAGAAGAAAACGAGGGAGGAAUUGAGAAAAGUGAAGGAGAAACAGAUUGGGAUGCUGAAGCUUUAGAUGAAUCAGGCAAUCUUUCUGACCUCGAUGGUGAUAAAGAGGUGGAUAACUGUUUAAACGACGAGGAAGAAAUGCGCAUGAAGACUACCUAUUUUGACUUAGAAUACGGAGAGUAUCUUAAGGAGAAAGCAGCUAGUGAAGCUUUCAACGUGAGCAAUGCUAAUUGCCCAGAAUACGCAAGAAAUCUUGUUGAAGCUUCUAAAGCAUCUGUGGCAAAAUCUAGAAAGGAAAAGCGACAAAAGCGGGCUGAGGAAGCAAAGAACGCGCCUCCCCCAGCCACAACUAUGGAAGCUGUUACCAGAAUUGAAUGCUUGAGAAAAGGGUAA